GGAAGACAUAGUAAUUAGACAGUGACAGACAAAAAUACAGUGAUCAGCAAGUGGAAUUGAAACAAUGAAAGCUAUCAAAAAGACUUUGCCUCACUACUAUUCCCCACCUCCCAUCAAAUUCUCCAGGAUUUGCUUCUCUUCAGCCUAUGAACGUGCAGAGGGAAGCAAUGCAGUAGGAGUAGCAAGAGAGGGUAAGAAUGGAGGUGGCACAUCGGGGUUGUCUUACACACCCAAGGAGACCGUGAAAGAAGGCCUAUACGAAGCCAAACAACAAGGAUUAGACAUGACAAACGAUGCAGCAGCAAGAGAUGGACCAACCAAACCAGCAGAGAUGGCAGACAAUGUGAAAGAAACCGCUAAGAAGACCAUGGAUGGUGCUUGGAAAGCAGCCAGAGAUACCACCAAAAACAUCAAAGAAGCAAUUAUUGGAGAAAGUGAUGAGAAUGAAGGCCCUAACAAAGGGAAUGUACAAGAUUCUGGUGUUGAGGAUUUGAGAAGGCGUGCUGGAGGAUAUGAUCUUGGUGAUCAUUGAAUUCAGGGACUUUGAUCAUAUGCUAAUUCUUUAGCCUUGCUUAUUAGUUUAUGUGUUUUGUUUGUUUUUAAUUUCAAGUUAUCCGUUUGCCGGUUUCUUCUUUUUUGUGUACUAAUUUAGCUCAUGAAUUUAUAAUGUAUACUUUGGAAAACUCUUUUAAUU